CACCAGUCUGUGUAUCAUCCAUGUUUCGUAGAAAACCAGUGCCUAAAAACACUCGAUACGUUGAAAAGGAUAAGUCUCUAUCUGACUUAGGAUAUCAAGUCACGGAUAAUUACUUAUUAAGAAAAAUUGAGGAUAUAAAUGCCAUUUACGAAUUUAAGCAAAAACCCGAACUGGCUUACAAUGAGCAGUUUUUCCAAGUUUUAAUAGCUCGUCUCAUUGACUGGACAGCUCAGCAUUCAAAACUGAAGCUCAUUCGUAUUCCACAAGUUACGGCAGAGUCAGAGCCGCAUACAUAUUUCUUCGCGACAAAUGGAUGGGAUGAAACGGAUAAAGACAUUGUACUGCUUGCGCCCUCAGCUGCUACAGCUCUUUUCUGGUCAACAAUGGCUCUGAAGGAAAAAGACAUGCGGGUUGCAUCCGUUUUUGGGAUAAUUCAGUAUAUUACUGAAGAACUGAAAGUUCCCGUUGUUGUCUUAUGUCCCGCUUUAUAUUACUGGGAUCCAGAAACACUAGCACCUACGACUCUGAACUCGUUACAAGCAUAUCAAACGCACAUGACCUCUUCACAUGAUAUUCCCGGCAUCUCUUCACCUGAAACUUACAUGCAAGUGUGUCUUCCUUAUAUUUUCAACAAGUUUAAAGGAAACAGAGUGCACUCUAUCAGUGCAGAGUUUAGUUCACACUACUUGUUAACAUAUUUGGACGCACAUUGGGAAGAGUUAAAGCAUAAGCUUGGAAGUUUACUUAUUGUCUCCUGUAUUACCACGAAUCAUGAAAUCCAUACACCCGCUCUUGCUGAACAUAUCCUAACGCACGGACGCAAUUAUGUAACUUCCACAAAACCUGUUGGUACAUUGCUGGAGGACUUGUGUGCAACAUACGGAAUCCCUUCAUUUUCAGGCGGUAAUUAUGAAGAAGAGAUUUAUGAAAAGUUGAUCACUUUUUUUCAGCUUGUCUACACGCAAUCAACGGCAGUCGGAAUGAACUAGUAUCAUAAAAUAGACUUUUGAGGAGUCUUUAUAUAUCAAUUGUAUAUUUCAUAGCUUUUGAGUUGCACCUAGUUUUAAUUUUUGAAAAUAGAAACCAUCCAUUAAAUCACUUUAAUCCUACAUUUUCAAGUACUUUUCCC